AUGAGCAGUUCUCAUCGGAGACUUUCCAAACAUGAAAUAAAGACAAGUGUUUUAUCGGGGCGUAGAUUGACAGCGAAAAAAAACAGAGGGAAAUCCAGGGAAGAAAAUUUGGAAGAUUCCAUAGUGUUUGAAAGCCGUGGCUCUAAGAGAGAAAGCGAAGAAGCUAGAGACUCGUACCAGUCGAAUAUUGACCAUAGAGAAGUAAUAUUUUCUGCUUUCUAUGAUAGUUUACUACAGAGUAUAGUAGCUGAACGCGAAAUCAUCGAAAAUAAAGAUGAAGUCGUUAAAGAAAAAAGCACCCUAAAGGAAGAUAAUCAAGAGUCUGAAGAAGAGCUUGUAAAUGAAGAGGACGUUUUGGAAACCCCUUCCAGAAAUCUCAGUGGAAAUCUGAUUCCAUCGAGUUCGGCGAAAUCCAACAGCUUCAAAGAGCAGCCAUCAUCAACAAUCAGCAAAAAAAGCGAAAAAAUUUCUCAAGAGUCUGUUCACAUUAUCUCUUGUGAAAAUGUUGCAAAAUGUGAAGAACUACCUAAACCUAUCAUACAAAAAAUCGUGUUCAAAAAUGGCAAUAUUUAUGAAGGGGAAACUUUUUGUAAUCUGAUAAAAGGCCACGGUAUAUUCCACUGGAGUGAUGGUACAAUCUAUCAGGGCCAAUUCAAGAAUGGAUAUCCAACUGGUGAAGGAAAAAUGAUACUUCCCGAUCUCAGUAUCUAUGAAGGAGAUUUUUGCAAUGGAUAUUUUCACGGAAGAGGUAUCCUGAAUGUUUCCGCCACUCCAAUCCAUUAUCGAGGGGACUGGAAGAAUGGCAAAAAGCAUGGUAAUGGAUGGUUAAUGUACGAACCAGGAAACUGGUAUGAAGGUAGUUGGUCUGGAGAUACCAAAAGUGGUAUAGGCUUCACAAAGUACAAGAGCGGUAGUAAAUAUAAAGGACACUGGAAUGACAAUGUCAGAAAAGGAAAAGGAAAGAUGAUGUGGGAAAAUAAUGAUUACUAUGACGGUGAGUGGUCAGGAAACCUACAAAAUGGUUAUGGAGAAUACACAUGGAAUAUCGUACACAAUAAAUCAUUAUGCUUUCCAUCCUACAACUGGUAUAAAGGAUCUUGGGAAGAUGGAAAAAGAACUGGAAUAGGCAUCAUGAAUUUUGGUACGGAAUGCGGUUCCAAACUAGGUGGUACCUGGUACCACAAUAGCAAACACGGUCCAGGUGUUAUGAUGUGUGGUAACGGAAAGUACAUAGAAUGCAAUCCCCUUUUUCUUCAAGACAGGCCUAUCCAUAUGAAUUCGCGAAUAUCUCCCAGUGAUAUCUCAGAUCAAGAAAAUAUCGAUGAUACAUACCAAAAUGAUUCUGUAAAGCGAGAUUCUUUCAAAGAUAUAUUAGCAUUGAUAGGUAACAAGGUUGCGGUAAAUCGAUUUCCUGAUGAAAUCAUCUUGAAUAUCACGAAAAACGGGAUGAAUUUGGAAGGAAACAAUUUUUUGAAACUGUACGAUUCCAUUUCCGGCAAUAAGAAAAUUUGGUGUCCUUUAAAAAUUUCAAUACACUCUGUAGCGGAUGAGGUGGACCUAACAUACUAUAUAGACCUCAUUUUUAAGUACCUCAAUGAGGAACAGAAAGUAAAUGGGACUAUGGCAUUGACGAUACCACAAAAAGAUCAUCAACCAAAACUACACAGCAUAAAUUUCCAAGCAUCGGUAUAUUCUGAAAAAUCUGUGAUUCUGAAGGAAUCUUCAUGUGAAACAAGUGUCUUCAAUAAGGAAAACGAAUCAAAAUUGAAAGAUGCAGAAGCAUUUUAUCUGAAGAACCAGAUAAUCAUAAACUUAACAAGGCUCACUCAAAUCUACAACCUAUACGCCAGCUUCACUAAGAGAACUACUUUGAGUUUCAAGCCUGUACUUAUAAGAUUAUUCCUUUGGCAACUCAUGAGAGACAUUCAUCUGGCGCAAGAAGGAGUCUCUCUCAUUGAGAGCGAUCUCAUUUUAUCGAAAAACCUUGCUAGUUGUGUUGAAACCGAUCACUUUCCCUUUGAGACGAUUUACCUUUAUCAGUUCGUACAGUCCUUGGUUGGUUGCUCUUGGCUGAUGUAUUUGGCAGAAAAAUUAACGUGUUCUGUGAUAUUUGGCAACGGCUUUGUUGCUCACAUAUUUAAGGAAUUCUUGGAGGAAUACGUUUACCCAAACGCAGGGAACUUCACAGGAAGUGUUCUAACUGACAACAAAGACAAAGUACCAAUCACAGCAGUAUACAAUCUGUAUUUGAGUCUAGGAGAACCCCUAUCUGUUAGAACGUUUCUAAACUCAACUUGCACCAAACGAGGGGUUGACCCUCCCUGUUACUACGCUAUCAACUCGGAAUCCAAUAAAAAAAUACUGAAGGACGGUUAUAAUGCAGUAUCAGUUGCUAACGAAAUUCACUAUCUUCCAGCCACUGACGCAAAUGAUGACGAUGAUAGUUUAAUUAAAGAAAACAUGAAUGUCAUGAAUAAAUCCAGAGAUCCUUUUUAUAGAACACUUUAUACCUUCAGAACCCUUGGGAAAAGGACACUUACUCACUGCUUGGCUAGAUUGUGUCCAAAAAUUAUUGGACCUAAUCUGAUGACGGAUUUAUCGUACAAAUUAACGUUUCUCGAGUUUUACGAGGCUUUAAUAAAAUGUGCAUUAAUGAAAGCGGAAGAAACCAGGAGAGAUCAAGAACUGCAAUUGAGAGAAUGUCAGAAACUUAUUACUGAACAAAAGAUGUCGGUUUCUCAACUAUCCAAAACGAAGGAAAGGGUGGGUAAAAAGAAGAAGUCGAAAAAAUCAGUCCUGACAUUUUGA